AUGACCGCCGCUGGUAAUACGACCACAAGACUUCUUGGCAUUUUCCAAAAGGUGGAUUACGUGUUUCUAGUGGGCGUCGGCGGUGGGGUCCCGCAUUACACCGACUACUCGAAACACGUGAGACUUGGAGACGUUGUCGUUUCGACGCCCGCUUCAGACCUUCAAGAUAAGUACGUAUACAUUUUCUGUGAGAAGGCAGAACGUAACGACAAAGGUGGUUGGGACUAUGAAGUUAAGCCAUACAAGCCGGCUGAUUAUCUCUUGCAAGAUAUCGCUGUCCGUGUCGCCGGCUCGUCGAAUUCAUGGACUACAUAUGUUAAUGAAGGCCUAGAACGUUUGCGGGGAGUUCCGGGAAGAUGGGAAGUACCGGAAGAAGCGACAGACCGCCUGUGCGUCGACGUCGGCGGCGGCGCCUUCAUAGAGGUGUCCCAUCCCACCCCACAGGGAGAUGAAACCCGCAGCCCGCGCGUGCACUGCGCGCCGGUGGCGGGCGGGCGGCAGGUGGCGGGCGCGGGCGAGGCGCGCGCCGCCUUCGCCGCGCACGCGCGCGCGCGCGCCUACGACUGCGAGCUGGACGCCGUGCUCGACAGCGUCGUCGGCAACUGCAAGGACUGCUUCGUCUCUAUACGAGGUAUUUCGGAUUACCGUGAUGGUACAAGAGGCAAGGAGUGGCAGCCGCACGCCGCGCUCGCGGCCGCCGCCGUCAUGAAGGCCAUCAUCACUGCUCUGGCACCACCAUCCGAU